AUGUUGCUGAACAGCUUGCUCGUAACGCUGGUCCGACAUGGAGAGUCGCAAGACAACCACCAAGGAAUAUGGGCAGGCUUCAGAGAUACACCUCUCACCACCAACGGCAUCAACCAAGCGAGAGCAUUAGGCCAAUCGUUUGCCAAUGUGCCGCUCACAGCCAUCUACUGCAGCGACUUGAAGCGCGCUGCCAUGACGGCCGACGAGAUCCUCAAAUCCAAUCGCUCCAUCCCACCGCCUCCGUUGGUGCAGUCCAAAUCGCUCCGAGAGAUCAACUUCGGACAAGCAGAGGGUCAAAGCUAUGCGCACACCGAGUGGAUGCAAGGCUCAAUCGGGCACGAUGCGCGCAACUUUCGCUUCCCUGAAGGCGAAUCGCUCGAAGAGGUCAAUGCCAGAAUCGCAAAAGCAGUGCGUCAAUUCAUCCUUCCGCGCAUCGAGGCGCUGCGCAGGAAGCCUCCGACGCACAGCGCCGCUGUCGGCGACGUCAUCCACAUUUGCAUUGUCGCCCAUGGUAUCGCUAUCGCCGAGCUUUUGCGCGUCUUUAUGGCGCUCCACGAUGGCUCUGCUUCCGAAGCGUGGCCAGAUCCAAAGUCUUCAUACCAGCGAGUACGUCUCGACAACACCGGUUGGUCUCGUCUUGAACUAGCGGUGCCUUUUCAAAGCGAUGACGAGCAGCUCGCUGUACCAGCACCUACCUUCACCGCCGAAUCACAUCCCAACCCAACUGCAUCGACAAGCCAACCAGGCCCGCCGUCUUCCUCGCGCCCUGGCGCGCAAUCAGAAUACAAUGACUUUGGCGAGAUACAGGCGGAUCUUGUCGAGCGCCCUGUCGACGCAACAUCCAAGAUGGCCAGCAAGCCGGCUCUUACACCUUCCGAGUCUGCCGCCCGCCCUGUGUAUGUGCGUAUCUUGUGCCAGAAUCAGACGGACCAUUUACGCGGCUUCAACGCUCAGCAAGGUUCCGUCAGCUCGAGUGCUAAGACCGUAGCUCAUCUGGCUGGUGGUGGCGGAACACCUAAGCCAUCAACCGGGUCAGGCUCUGCAUCAGCAGCUACAAUGACAAAUCAGUCGGCAAUGGCGGCAUCAGCAGCUACAGUUGGAAUCCCUCCUUCGGUGACCCUCGCCUCGAUCUCAUCCAAUGCGACCAGCUCCAACGCUCACCCCAAUACCAGCUUGAGUCCUAGCACGCCCGCGCCCGGCGCUUCCGGCUCUUCCAACGGCGCAUCCAAGAAUUCAAUGACCACGCCGGCAUCAACACGCAGCCUCAGCUCGUAUGAUGCUAGGAUGAUGGCGCGAGAACUUGAACGCGCUGGUGCGGCUUCCAUGCUCGCUGGAUCCGAAGCAGGUUCCAUGGCUGGCUCAACGGGCUACCACGCAUCUUCCACUUGCGUGUCAGCGCUAGCAUCCGAUCGACAAGGUUCAGUUGGCGGGUAUACGGUUGGGUCUGGUGCGAGCUCGACGCCGAGCGGAGCCCUUGACCGCGGCAGUUUCCCCUCAUCGCCGGGCGUUGGUGGAUCGAUGGGCGCACCCCACACCUCGGGCGCUCAGCUAGGUGGCCCCUACUGCCAGGGUACGCCAGGCGGCCUUGCAGGCGCGACAUCGCCGAAUCCGGCUGGAGUGGGCAUUCCCGUAGGUCCUGGCACUUGGUCGGAUACAUGGCAAAUGAUAUGCAUAAGGGUGCUGCCUCUCUUCAAUGGGGAGGCGCUGCGCACGAGCAUCGAGGAGCUCAACGAGAUGGUCAGUCUUCAUGUGCGAAAGACGCUGGAUCGUGGCCAGGCGCACGCGAUUGAAUCGCUCACGCUCGAUCUUAUGUCGCUAACGUCGACCGGAACUUUGACGCUCAACUCCAAGCUUCAAGCUCUCGAAGAUACGCGUCUGCUAUUGCGACUGGUAGAGGUCUGGACGUUUUUCCUGGGUCAAGUACUGCCUUACUGCGAGGCGUGCUUCCUUCCGUUGCAGACCGAUCCCACGCUGCGCAGUCUGAUUGCCGCCUCAGCUUCGUAUAACGAAGCAGCAGCGGGCGGGACAGGAGGCAAUGGUGCGGGACCUUUCAGCUCAAGCACCAACUUGACGCAAUCGGGUGCUGCAGCUAUUCUUUCGAGUGCAGGCAGUGUCCAUGCCGACCUGCAACGCAUAGACGUUCGAAAGAUUGUACUCAUCGUCUUUCGCGAUCAAGUGCUGAUGCCUAUCUAUGAAAGACUGUUGUACCUGUUUGCGCAUCUCACGGAGCUCGACCCGUCGUUUUCAGCGAGCGAAGAGACGAGCAAUACUGCUGGCGGCGGCGAUGACGGUAUCAAGCAAGUAUCGUUACGUCUGCUGCAGAUGACGAGCGUGCUUGCCAGCAUCCUAAGCGACGACGAAGCGCAGGAUGCGAUGGACAACCUUCUUCGUGCUCUUCGGCUUGGAUCCAAGAGCGCUUCUGCUGGACGCAUUCGAGGUGCUGGUGAAGGCCAGGGGGUUGGUGGCACGUCGCCAACGCACAAGAACCACCGUCGAGGAUGGAUGGCGCAAAAAGCUCGCAAACACGGCGCGGCACUAGGUUUGGAAGCGGAUGGGAGCGUCUUUGGUAGUACAAGCGGUCUGCCUACUUUUUCGCAAAUGAGCCAUGACGGCUUUGGCAAUGGAACGCAUCGACCAGUCUUGACGCGACCGAGCCAAUUGACGAGCCUCCGAGAUGCACUUGGCGCUCGGUUUGGACCAGAGAUGACCGAGGACGAGUAUCUGAGCUCUCUUCGAUCGCCCGCGGGUUCGCCUGCGAUUUCGACAGGUGGACAGCCAGAAGCAUCAUUCACGUCUGUAGUGGAACAGAAGCCGUCGCGGUUGGGGGCAGAUAAGCGAGCAGCACAAAUGCGAACAGCCGAUGAUGAUUCUGACUCGACGCCGAUGGCAGCUGCACGAAAUGGUCUCGCUGCCUCUCUAGACACUCAUGAGGGUGAGCCAGCUGUGGCAACAACAGCGCUGGCAGCGUGA